UUAUCCCGCGGGAUAUUUUGCUUUUAAAGCAUUCAUUAUAUACAUAAAAAACCCCGUAAUCCUCAUCAAAUUCUACUCUAAGUAGCAAUCGCAGCUCCUCGCUCUCCACCUUUUGCCUUGUCUUAAGAGUAGUGAUAGUGUACUUUGCAUUUUUAAUCCAGAAACAGAUUGCGAAAUAUUUGGUUGUUGGGUUUGGUAUUUUACUUUUGGAAUUGCAAAGGGAAAGAGGAUUGUGGAUCUCUGUGAAAAGAUGGGGCUGGAUCCGAGACAAAUGGUGGCUGGUGUACUUACACUAACUAUGUUCGUAAUGCUUGGCAACAUGAUCAAAAAUGACCAUUUUGAUUCCCUUCCUGUGGAUUCUGAUGCAUCAAUCCAUACUACGAGUAAGCAGAGUGUCGGAAAUGGCCCUUGGAUACACGAUGGCGAAUCCCUAAAGCCUUGUUGGACUAAACCAGUUCUUCAAGAAGCUGACGAAUCGCAAGGGUUUGUUACCUUUUCACUCACUAAUGGUCCUGAAUAUCAUGUCUCUCAGAUUGCUGAUGCAGUGAUAGUAGCAAGAUAUCUGCGUGCAACUCUUGUAAUCCCAGACAUCAGGGGAAGCAAACCUGGGGAUAAGAGGAACUUUGAUGACAUCUAUGAUGUUGAACACUUUGUGAGAAGCCUCGAUGGGGUUGUCAAAGUAGCAACAACUCAGCCUACUGAAGUCUCAGCAAGAAAUCUUGCUGUGGUGAAGGUUCCAAAUAGAGUUUCUGAAGAUUAUAUUGCUGAAAACAUUGAGCCAGUUUUCACAUCUAAGGGAAACAUAAGGCUGACAACAUACUUUCCUUCAGUAAACAUGAAAAAAAUGAAAGAGAACAGCAAUAUAGACUCAAUUGCAUGUCUGGCGAUGUUUGGCACUCUAGAGCUUCAACCAGAAGUUAAUGAAGUAGUUGAGUCCAUGGUGGUGCGCUUAAGAACUUUGAGCGCAAAGUCAAAAGGACAGUUCAUUGCAGUGGAUCCGAGGGUUGAUAUAUUGGAAAAAAAGAGUUGCCAAGGAGACAGUGCUCUUAAAUCAAAGAGUUGCUAUGGUCCAGAGGAGAUAGGUGUGUUCUUGAGAAAAGUUGGUUUCAACAAGGAUACGACUCUGUAUCUGACUCAAUCAAGGUGGGAUAGCAGCCUUGAUGCAUUGAAGAAUCUCUUUCCUAAAACGUAUACAAAGGAAAGCAUAAUGCCCAUUGACAAAAAGGCAAAAUUUCUUGACUCAGAGUCUACUGAACUGGAGAAAGUAAUCGACUUUUACAUGUGUUCUGAGAGUGAUGUUUUUGUACCAGCCAUCUCAGGCCUCUUUUAUGCCAAUGUGGCUGGUAAGAGAAUCGCUUCUGGAAAGACACAGAUACUUGUUCCAGCUGAUAUUCCUGGCUCUUCUGCUGCUUUAACAGAUUACAUAUCUCAUUAUGUCUCAAAAAGGAACCACUUCUCCUAUUCAUGUUUCUGCUAGCUCGCUGUGAAGAAAGGCUGAGAAUGCAGAUGUUGAUAUAGGCUUUAUUCAUUGCGCGUUUAUUUGUAAGACACGCAGAUUUGGUUCAUAGAAUUAGGCCAAACCAUUAAUAGUGGUCUUGGUGGAAAAGGUCAGGCCCCAAACAGUCGAAUGUUUGUUGAAUUUACAAUUUGUAGAACAGAUGUUUUACAUGUUCAGUAUAGUCGUUUCAAACAAGACUUGUGGCGCUUCAAGUUUUGUUAUGAUUGUUGGCAAUUCCAUUCCAAUCAAUGGAGUAUUCUCUUCCAAAUGAUGCAAUUAGAUUGGCUGUGACCCUCAAUAGUCGUCAUGUACUAUAGACAAGCUCCAAUGCCUAUCUCAAAUCUUCGGUCUUCUCCAGUA